ACAAGCCCAGAGUCAGUAGAAGAUUGUCCAAAUACUUCUUCACCCCGGAUACCCCUUGGUCCAUUUAGUUCUCCACAAUGGUACCGGGCAGUGAAUUACAUUGGAAUGGCCACUCAACAACUCAGCCAACAGUUUGCAAAUGUCCAAAAUAGUCAAAUUCCGCUUUUAAACGGUUGGGAUCCCAGAUUACCUUGGUUAUAUCCGUACAUUCAGAAACCACAUCAGAAACGAAAAGGGGGACAAAUCAGAUUCACAAACGAACAAACAGAUGCUUUAGAGCAAAAAUUUGACAGCCAUAAAUAUUUGUCACCGCAGGAACGUAAAAAACUUGCCAAAUCAUUGGAACUUUCUGAAAGACAGGUUGUUUUUACUUGA